AAAAUUUAGAAACAUAUUCAUUCGGGGUAAUAUGCAAAAUGACUAUAGUUUAGGGGGCAAACUGUCAUUUACCGUAAAUAUUGAUUGAGUACCUUAUUAAAGCAAGAAAUGUGAAAUUGGGGGGAGGCGGGGGACCGGCGGAAUGGGAAACGGCGGCGGACGGUUUUGGCGGUUGAAUCAUUGUGUGAUGGUUGCGGCAUGCCGGAAACUUCAUUCUCAUACUAUCAGUCGCCGAAUAAAUGUUUGCCGACCUCCGAAUUACAACCGCAGCCAGUUACCAUUCGUUAAAGAAACAACACUCCUCCGGCGUUACUUCUCCAGCUCCGCCGAAACUGCACAAUCUCAGCCGGAACUUUCUCUCGAUCUAAUCAACAUCAUGGACCAGAAAUUAGCCGCAAUAGAAAACCGAAAUUCUUUUCUUCAGGCUAUUGUCAACCAGCCGGAUGCCUCGCCGGAACAGUAUUCCACUGCCAACAAAGAGCUUAAGAAGCUUCGACAUACGGUUGAGUUGGUGACUGAGAUGAGGAAGAAGCACAAAGAGAUUGAGGGGCUAAAGUUGCUGCUUACUGAAAGCCAAGACGACAAAGACAUGCACCAAAUGGCUUCUGAAGAAUUAGGGCAAGCAUCAGAGGAAGAGAAGCGCAUUCGUCAUUCGUUGCUCAAAUCCUUGCUUCCUAAGGAUGAUGCCGACGAACGUGACUGUAUCUUGGAAGUCAGAGCAGGAACUGGAGGAGAAGAGGCUUCUUUGUUUGCGAUGGACAUAUUCAAGAUGUAUGAGAAAUACUCGCAGAAGAAAGGUUGGAAAUUUGAAGUUUUGGAUGUGGCAGAGUCAGACCUUAAAGGGUACAAGGAAGCUAGUGCUGCAAUCUCUGGCGCAGAUGUUUAUGGAAAACUCAAAUUUGAGAGUGGGGUUCACAGAGUGCAGCGAGUUCCAGUGACGGAGAAAUCUGGACGAGUCCACACCAGUGCUGUGUCUGUUGUUAUUCUUCCUCAGGCAGAUCAGGUAGAUGUUCAUUUAAAGAACGAAGAUCUGAAAAUUGAUACAUAUAGAUCUGGUGGUUCAGGUGGUCAGCAUGCAAAUACGACUAACAGCGCUGUGAGGGUUACUCAUGUACCAACAGGGUUGACUGUUAACAUACAGGAUGAACGCUCUCAACAUAUGAACAAGGCCAAAGCUCUUAAACUGUUGUGUGCAAAGUUGUACGAGAUUGAAAGGGCUAGGGCUGAUGCAAGUCGUUCAAGACUUAGAACAGAGCAGAUUGGCAGCGGAGACAGAUCAGAACGCAUACGUACUUAUAAUUUUCCUCAAGGCCGUGUUACGGAUCACCGUGUUGGAAUCACAACCCACUCAAUAGAUGGUUUAAUGCAGGGAGAGAAUCUUGACACAUUCGUUGAUGCUCUUCUCUUGCAGCAAGAAAUGGAUGCAAUUGCAUCUUUUACCUCUACUAAACACUAACUUUUAUGUUUCUUUCACUAAGCAGUUUCGUCCACCUUGAUUACAUUUACAGCUCCAAAUGUUCUCUUCUGGCCUAUCCGUUUUUUGGUCCUUACCAAGUGGGUCUGCUUUUCGGCCCUUGUUAUUGCUUUAGACGGUGCUAAGUUACUCAAAUUCGAAAAAAAAAAUUGAAGCAUAGGAACAUUUUGUCGGGCCUCAAAAUUUUUUAAUGAUGUAAAUGUUAUUUGUGGCACCAGAAUUAAUGGCUCAGUUAGAGGAUAAGGAAACAAGACAUUUGUUUUGGCUUACCUGAUUCAACACUAA